AUGGCAUGGACUAACGCUACAUUCGACCACGUCCUGGACGACCUGUCAAGUCGCUUCAUCAUCAAUGUUCCAGAUGAGGAACUGGCAUCAGUCGAGCGCAUCUGCUUCCAAAUCGAACAGGCCCACUGGUUCUAUGAGGACUUCAUCCGCGAGCAGAACUCAGCCCUCCCCAGCUUUAACCUGAAGAGUUUCUCGGCCAAAUUCUUCCAGCACUGCCCUCUCCUUCACGAAUGGGCCAAUGAACACGAAACUGCAUUCGCCAACUUUAUGGAAUACAAGAUCAGAGUGCCCGUCUGCGGCGCAAUCAUCCUCAACGACGCAAUGGACAAGUGUAUAUUGGUCAAGGGCUGGACUGCAAGGUCAGGAUGGGGAUUCCCAAAGGGAAAGAUCAACAAGGAUGAGCCAGAUGCGUCCUGUGCAGUACGAGAGGUCUGGGAGGAGACAGGGUUCGAUGCUUCAGAAAAGAUCCGGGACGAGGACUUUGUGGAGCAGACCAUCAAGGAUCAAAGGAUCCGUUUGUACAUUAUCAAAUCUGUCUCUGAAAAUACAGUGUUUGAGCCUCAGACACGAAAGGAGAUCAGCAAAAUCGAAUGGCACUAUAUCGCAGACCUGCCCACAUCCAAGCCCAAGCCGAUCGAGAAGGGAACACACUCUGGCCGGGAAAGCGGAACCGAACGAAGCAACGGUAUCAAGAACCCCAGCCGCUACUAUAUGGUGACCCCUUUUGUCCACAAGCUGAAGAAUUGGAUUAUUACUCAAAGGCGAAGCAAUAAGCGUAGCAACAGCAAGGGUCAGCACAAUCAGUUAGCCCAUCUUCAAUCCCAAGGCAAUGACAGUAGUACCUCGACAGGAUCUCACCAGCAGCAGCAUUCGUCCAACCGUCAUCAGGCAGGCGUGCCGACCGUUUCUUCUUCCGAGGCUCGACUUGACUCAGACGUGUUGAAGAACAUGUUGGGUAUUGGCAAACCCGUGGCGUUCUCUCAGGAGUCUACGCCUGUUCACUACCAACAGGGGCAGCAUCCUGCUCACCAAUCGCCCCCUUUGUCAAGGGGCGCCAGGGACAGCAGCGAGUCCUUGAAGGCUCUGUUGGGGAUUCAGGGAGGAGUUAGUAUGCUCAACGCGGACGGGACCGCUACUGGAUCUCCUGUCAUUCAGUCGUCGACAACAUACUCCAGCCACCCUGUCUCUAUGCCGUCGUCGGCAACGUCCAACUCUUCUGCCUCUGUUCCCUUCCAGAAUGGUAGUGACGCAUUGAAGGCCAUGCUCGGGAUCCCUACUCAGUCCAACAGCCCUUUGCUUCAUCCCAGUCAUUUGGCGACUCAGCAUGGAGGUUCGCCUUUGAUGGCGAAUGCUGGUGUUGCGAUGGCCAACGGCAACAACAACGGUAACCGCGGAUCAUAUGGAUCAAACUAUUCACCCCAACCCCAGCAUGCGUCAGCGGCGAGCUCGCCUAUGCGCGCCCGGAAUGGACCUGUGGAUCUGUUGGCGCUUUUGAAAGGCGGUGGAGGAGGAGGAGGAGGAGCGGACGGCCUCCAGAACGGCAAUGUGUACUACGACAAUGGUAUGCACCAUGCUGGAACAGGAAACGGAGUUGGCAGCAUCAACAACAACAACGGAGUUGCACCAGGCCCUGGUCAUAUCGCUGUGACCAAGCCCAAGACCAUGCAAAACUUUACGUUUGACAUGGAGGCUUUGUUUUAA